GUUCUGUGCUUUGUGGAGUAUGGAAUAUGGAUGUCUCUGUCUGUCUUCUGUCCACUCUCCACCUGACUCUCCACUGUUAACCUAAAAAAAUAAGGUCCUGCAUUUUUGGCGUUUUGCGCCUUUUUUGUUACCGUUUUUCUAUUUAAAUUGUUGUACAUGUAAUUCUUGCAAUAUUUUGAUUUAUUGAGUCAGUGAAUGACUAAAUAUUUCUUGCUUUUUCUAUUUAUGUAAGCAAACAUGUUGCAGGCAGUUAAUCGAGGUUUUCGACAUAUGUCUAGAAAUAUUUUAAAGAAAAGUGCGUUAUUGGAUUUCUGAGAGAAAUCUUUUAAUGAACUUGUUAAAUUUACAGUCAUGGGCCCUGAGGUACACACACACAGUUGUUCUACAAAUAGUAGGAACUGUAAAGUGGCUAAUGGAGUAGAUGUCGGAGUCAACAGGAUUUUUUGGGUCGAUAUGGAAAUGACUGGCUUAGAUAUUGAAAAUGACCAGAUUAUGGAGAUAGCUUGCCUAGUAACAGAUUCCGAUUUAAACAUAGUUGCAGAGGGACCUGAAAUAGUUAUAAACCAUACUCAAAAUACCAUAAAUCAAAUGGGGGAAUGGUGUACAAAGCAACAUAGUAGUAGUGGAUUAAUACAAAAAUGUUUAGACUCAAAGAUCUCACUCAUCGAAGCUGAGCAAAAUGUACUAGACUUUGCAAAAGCACAUUUGCCUGAAAACACUUCUCCCUUAGCAGGAAAUAGUGUUUAUGUGGAUCGGGGUUUUCUAAGAAAAUACAUGCCAAAAGUGGAUGACUAUCUUCAUUAUAGAAUAAUAGAUGUAUCGACUAUAAAAGAACUGUGUAGGAGAUGGAAUUCAGAGGUGUAUAAGAAUAUUCCAAAGAAAGAUUUUAGUCAUAGAGCUCUACAGGAUAUCAAAGAGAGUGUUCAGGAAUUGCAGUUUUAUAGAAAUUACUUUUUUAAGCUAAGCUGAGUAUGUAGCUAGCUUAUUUUUAGGAAAAUAUACAGAAACAAAAUUUGCCCAACAGUAUGUUUUUCAUGUAUACCAAAAAGCAUUGUUUAAGGUAUACAGUAUCGCUCACAUUCGUAAUUCCCCAAACUAAUAGGUACCAUAUAUUUUUUAAUUCAAUGAUGUUCUGCCAACAUUGUAUAAUGUCAUUUUGAUUCUCAUAUUUUUUUUUUGACUUGCAUCUUUAUAUUAGGAUCAUUAUAUAUUCUUCAUUUUUACAAUGAAGAACAAAAAAUAAUUGAUGCUUAUUUUAUUUCUCCCCGUUCCAUACAAGGCCAUCUGGUGUAACAAUAUACAUAAAUAAAUGCAUAAAAAAAAACAAAAACAGUAACUGAAAAUAAUGCAAUUUUAUUUUUGCUAGGUAUCAAGAUCAAUCUAGGGACACCUCUAUUGUCAAGAUCUGUCAAGCCUGUGAAAUAGAAAUUUCAAAGAUGAAAUUUGCAUAUAAAAUUCGCUAUUUUGAUUUUAUAAAAUUUUAAUAUGCCCAAUGUAAUCGCGCUGUUAAGACAAAGCUAAAACUACACUAUGCAUGUCAAAUAGAAAUUAUUUUUGUCCAAAUACGUACCUAUAAGAGCCCUUUCAGACGAGGAUACCGUAUGCGAGAUACAGUAUCCGAGAUACAGAAUUACGACCGGAUACUUUUUUACUUCUGUAUCGCAUACCGCCUUGUUAUACGCAAAACAGACGCAGUGUAGUGCAGUUGUAAUUAUGGAAAUAGAAGAGUGUAUCGCGGUGUGGUAUUUAUUAAAUAAUAAGAAGAAGAAACUAAAAAGGAGACGUAGUUUGUGGGUUCAUCCCAUGUUGGGAUUAAGAGAAAGCAAAGGAACGUAUAAUUUAUUACAUGAAGAUUUGUUGCAAGAUCCAUCGAAGUUUUUCAAUUAUUAUCGAAUGUCUAUUCAGUCCUUUGAGAAACUUCAUAAUAUUUUGGAAAACAAACUAAUUAAAAAGGACACAACUAUGCGUAGAAGUAUUUCGUCAAAAGAACGACUAUCUAUGACAUUAAGGUAAGGAAAAAAUACUUAUAGAUGUUUUUUUUCUAAAUCUAUUUGUAUUUAAAGUAGUACAAGAAAAAUAAUAAUUAAUUAUCAGCUCCACAAUUUUGGUCUUAGCCUUGGUAAUCAACAAGAAGAUCGAUGAUGGAUCCGUCUGUUGAGGUGGCAGUUGAUUCAACGGAAUGGGGUGAGAGGAUGGGAACAGUGUCUGUUCUUUCAUUGGAUGAACAUUGUAACUCAAUGAAUGAAGUGUUGGAUGACGAAUGGGGAGAUAAAUGAGAAUGAGUGGAAGAAGGAUGACCAUAAACGUGCACUUGUGAAGAUGAUGACUUAUGAAUAGGAAGAUGUUGUGUAGAAGGGGGAUUAGGAGCGGAUGGAUAAAACGGCAAAUGUUGUACAUGGUUGUAAUUAAAUGCAGAUUGAGUGGGUAAUAGGGCAGAUUUUAUCGAUUGUAUCAUUGCCAAUUUCACAUCCAUCUUUUUGUCAAUUGGCACUCUUCUAAAGUCCGGCAGUAGCGAAAGAAGGAAAUGUCGGUCUCCGUCAUUGUCUAGCAUAAUAUCGUUUGUUUGUCGCUGUGCAAGAUUUGCCUUUAAUAGGCCCACUAUCUCAGUGUUAUGGUCGGUUUCCGAUGCCACUUUCCUUUUUUUCUGUACAUGUAUAGGCCUUAAAGGAGUAACAUACUCAUUUUGUUCAUGAUCCGAAGCUUCUUCGAUUGUAUGAUUUUCCUCUGUAAAAUUUGAAGUGGUCCUAAAACAAAUCUAUUAAUUUAGUAGUUCAUAUUUUGACAAGUUAAAUUUUCUUACUCUCUAUUUGAAGAGCAUCGCAUC